CCGGGAAGAGUUGGACUCGGUGAUCCUUGUGGGUCCCUUCCAGCCCAGGAUAUGCAGUGAUUUUAUGAAGGGCCGCUCCCAGCCCCGCCGCAGGUGUGUCCGGGCCCGAGGAGCAGGAAAGGGCAGCUCGGCUGCUGCUGGCGCCGGGGCGCAUCUGGAGCCACUUUCCAGAGGGCGGCACGGCACCGGGAGCAGCGCGAUACACCCGGCGGUUCCCCUCGCACCUGGUCCUGAUGUUUCUCACCAGCAAAUCUCUCACUUGAGUUCUCAGGCACAACCAGAUUAUCAGGAGUGAAGCUCCCCAGCGAUGGCAGGGAAAAAAGUCCUGAUAGUCUAUGCACAUCAAGAGCCCAAGUCCUUCAAUGGAUCUUUGCUGAAGAUUGCUGUGGAAGAGCUGACCCAGCAGGGCUGCAGCGUCACCGUGUCGGAUUUAUACGCCAUGCAGUUUGAGCCCAGAGCAACAAGGAACGACGUUGUUGGUCAGCUGCACAACUCAGAAGCGUUCAAUUAUGGGGUGGAAACCUGGGAAGCUUACAAGAGAGGAGGUUUGUCCAAAGACCUGGUUGAAGAGCAGAAGAAAGUGCAGGAAGCAGACCUGCUGAUUUUUCAGUUUCCCUUGUUUUGGUUCAAUAUGCCUGCAAUCCUGAAGGGCUGGAUGGACAGAGUCUUGGUCCGAGGCUUUGCUUAUGACUUGUCAAAGGUUUAUGAUGGUGGUUUGCUCCAGGACAAAUUAUCCUUGUUUUCUUUCACUACGGGAGGAAGCAAAGAGAAGUAUGCAACCCGAGGUGAUAUUCGCUAUCUCCUAUGGCCCAUGCAGCAUGGAAUCAUGCACUUCUGUGGUGUCAAAGUCCUUGAACCUCACAUCUGUUAUGCUCCAGAGAGUGUCUCUGAGGAGAAGAGGAAAGAGAUGCUGGCUGCCUGGACCCAGCGUCUGAAGACUCUUUGGAAGGAAGAACCCAUAGACUGCUCUCCUGAGUGGUAUUUCAAGUAGUGUUCAGGUGCAAGACUACAGAGUGAAGAUUUUAUUUUUCUCCAUUCUUUUUGAUGCUCUAUCUAAAUACCUGAGCACUAAUCUCCUAAUUCAAAUAUAUUUUAAGAAUCUUGAAUACUACAUCUAUCAGUUUAACUGACAACAUAGCAUUUCUCUUCAGUGGUUCCCAAGGGAUUCCCUUCAAGGAUGGGCGCAAAACUCUUUGUGUUGUUCUCCUUGCUCACAUAAACGGUGUCAUCCUGCCUCCUUGUGCUUGAUAACGCAUGUGAUAUUUCAUGGCAGAUGAUACCAUUGCUGCUUGUGAAACAGUAUGUGGCCAAGUUUAUUUUAACACUUUUUUCUCCUUUAUCAGAGAAUAUCUUGCCCAUACCCAACUUGUCAUUUAAAAGCCAUUGGUUGUAAGAGCUCCACAUUUGUGCCUUGGAGCAACAAAACUAGAUCAUGAGUAGUGUUGCAAAAGGAUGUACCGUUGCAAAGUGUCUUAAACAGCUCGAAAGCCUUGUGGGCAACCCUAGGCUUUUAGACAUAUUUACAAAGCAAUGUUAAAGCCAUAACAGAUACCAGAAAAGGGGGAAAAAAGGAAGCAGAUUUUGUAUAUUGGUAUGUGCAUUAAUUGCCUUCCUUUGUCGACUACAACUUCCAUUUGUAAAGUAUUCAGCUUCCUAAAAUCAAAGGGACUUCUCUAUUUUGAUUACCCUUUGUAGAAAUAAAAUGGAAUCCAGAUUUUUUCCUGCCCUCUCACACUAGUCACAUGUUCCAGUUUGCUCCCAUAUGAAGGGCCACGUCCAGCAGGGACAUUUCCCAGGAAGCAGAGCUGCCCCAAGCUGUUGUAGGUGGGGCAUGUGAGCCGAAGUUUUCAGGUUCCACAAGGAUGCUGCUGUUGCAAUGCUUUGGAAGUCAUCAGCUGUGCAGCGACAGUGGGUGGUGAGCCAAGGGCUAUUGUCCUUCUCCAGAUGUUCCUGCAGUGCGUGCUCUGCAGGGCAUUAUGCUGGGCUGCACGUGUGUUCUGACACAUGCUUUUCCAAAACUCAGGAGAAUUUUAGCACAUAGAAAACCAGCAGAGACUGUCUAUAGUUAGUAAGGAGAGAAAAGAAGUGGCAGUAUUGCUGUCUUAGCAGCACUGGAAAUGUUACAGCCAUUUUGAACUAAAGAAUAAUUGUCCUUCUAAAUCACACUACGCUAAAAGUCAAAUGUCACCCUGCCAAACCAGCACUGAUUCAAUGAGAAUGAAACUAGAUUUAGAUGAGUAACUCAUAGCUGCACUUCAGGCGGGGGAAAAGGGUGUAAAGGAACAUGCUUUUCCACAUUUAGUCUGGGGAUUUGUUCUUUAUUGCUGGUGCUCCUGCUCUCCCACAGAUGUCUAGACAAUGGUCUGAUCUUUUUCUCUGAUGGUUUUUUCCAGAAAUCAUGACUGUAUUUCUUUUAUUUGGUGUUCUGAAAUGGCAGGUCAAACAUGCUUGCAACUGCAGAACAAUAGAGGAAAACAAACAGAUACACAUAGGAAGUAUGUUACCAAGAAGUCUCAUAGCCUAGAGAAACCAAGACUGAUGUCCUGCAGUAAGAUGCCUUCAAUCCAGGUUUCAAAAACCUGACAUUUAAAGCCAGGUGUAGUUCAUUCUGUGGUUUAAAAUUGGGUUCCUGAAGCAAUAUCGCUGAGGUGAGCUGCCUGCUUGCAGAGGAAUAUACUUAGUAAUAAACUAUUCAUCAAAAGUUUGUUCUGAAGAGAGAAACAGCCAAUAACUGAUACCAUGCACAAUGCAAGAACUACUUAUUUUCUUUUUUUUUU